AGAACACGACACACAUUUUCUCAUCCUUACUUUGAGAGUUGAUGGUGGGCUGUUGUUCAGUGUCCACUGACUUAGCACCUUCAGGCCCACCGUAUUCCUACCUACCUACUCUCAGGACAACUAUCAUCAAAUUCAACAAACAAGCAAGCAAACAAAUAAACAAGCCAUUCAGUCAGUCAGUCAUCCGUCCAACCAUUCGCAAUGGAGAAAUUCUCCCAAUAUCGUGAUCGGGGUACGCAUCCCAGAAAGCCAUCCCCCAAAACCGCCAAACUAAUCAGCACAAACCGCAGGCACCCAAAUAGCUCCCUUCCUCCCGAUAACUCCCCCCCGGAGUACUCUUCAAACCCUAACAGGCCUGCUCCUCUUCGCCCUCCGCCUGCCAAUCUUUCUCUCUCUCCUCCUCAGCUACCUUCUAAUUCUGCAGCACCUGCCCAUUGGCGCCCUCUUACGGAAGUCGAUCCUCUGGUCCAUCCUCCUAACCUCAGGCAUCUGGUGGAUAGACCUACAAGUGGAGAACGUGAAAAAGGGUUCCCUCUCCCGUCAACCGAAAUCAAAAUUGCCCACACCCGGUUCCAUCCUGAUAUGCACGAGCACAAGUCCCCUCGAUGCACUCUACUUAUCCGCCAUCUUCGAUCCCGUGUUUACAGUUUCCGCAGCGGGGAGUAGGCGUGUGCAGGUGGUUGGUUUGCUGGGCGCUAUCAUGGCCGCUUUCGCCCCCCCUGGGCUUGGCGGACCUGCGUCAGCAGCAGCGGCGGCGCCGCCGCUGACCCUGGCGGAACUCUGCAAAAGGUACGGAGACAGCAGAAUCAUCGCAGUUUUUCCCGAGGCCACGACAACAAACGGUCGGGGGGUGUUGCGCUUUGCGCCGUCUCUGGAUACGCUGCACGGGGAUGUGGAGAUCUUUCCUGUUAGUCUUAGGUACUCGCCCGCGGAUGUGACCACGCCUGUGCCCGGGACCUAUGGGUAUACGCUAUUUGCGCUGUUGUCUAGGCCAACACAUUGCAUCCGUGUGAGGAUUGGGGAGGUACUGAGGAAUGACGAUGGAGGUGAGAAGGAGAGAGAGGAGUUGGCAGGGGAUAGUAGUGAUACGGUUACCGAUGGGUUUGGUGGUGGUGGAGGAGGGGAGAAGGAGGGUACGGACAGACAGAGCAAACUCAGCGAGCGCGGUGCGGAGGCCCUCUCCAGGAUUGCGAGAAGUAAGAGGUUGAACCUCGGUGUCAAAGAGAAAAUCGCCUUUGUGGAGGCUUGGGGCAGGAAUAAGCAGGGGAGCAGUAGUAGACAC